AGCCAGGUAGACUGGAAGGGGCGGAGGUAACCCAAAGCGGCCAGUGGUGGCUGCCCCCUGGCUCCCCACCCCCUGCACGCAGCGACUGGAGGAGGGCGCAAGCGGCUGGGCUAGCUGUGCGCUGAGUUCUGGCACCGUAGUCUGCUUCUCUGCGAGCGUGCCCCCGCUGCGCUCAGCCCGAAGCCGGCCACCAUGGAAGCACAGGCACAAGUGAUUAAACAUUGACGCCUUUGAUGUGGUGGGUGUUGACAUGAGAUCCUUCGUCACAUGGGGAAAGAGCAGAGGAGGAGGACUGGCACCAUCUCGCCUGGGUUUGUUGGAGACUGAACCACUGCAAGGGAGAGAUGAAGACACACUAGCCCAUGCUGACUUCUCUAGCAUGCUUUCUGAGGAGGAAAAAGAGGAGCUAAAGGCAGAAUUACUUCAGCUAGAAGACGAAAUUACAACAUUACGACAAGUUUUAUCAGCGAAAGAAAGACAUCUGGUUGAGAUAAAACAAAAACUCGGCAUGAACCUGAUGAAUGAAUUAAAACAGAACUUCAGCAAAAGCUGGCAUGACAUGCAGACUACCACUGCUUACAAGAAAACACAUGAAACCCUGAGUCACGCAGGACAGAAGGCAACUGCUGCUUUCAGCAAUGUUGGGACGGCCAUCAGCAAGAAGUUUGGAGACAUGAGGUCUCACUCCAUCGGCUACUCCAUUCGCCAUUCCAUAAGUAUGCCUGCUAUGAGGAAGUGCCUUGACCUACCUCAUUCUCCUUUCUGACGGCCCUCAGGAGCAAGAGCUAACAAUUCUGUGAAAUGUUGUAGGCUUGACCGGACACACCAGCUUAAAUCCAGCCUCUCCUGAUUUGUGACCUGAGACAAGUUAUUUAAUCCACCUCUAUCUUCAUUCUUUUAUCUGUAUCCUGGGGGAUAAUAAGACCCUACCUCAUAUGUUAUUGUGAGCUGUAAACAAACUGUGGAAAGCACUUAGUACAGGGCCUAGAACAUUCUAAGCACACUUGUAAAGGUGGAAAUGUUUAUUUCCUCAGAAUUAAAUGCAAACCUGGAAGAAAGAUUAAUGAAAGGAUAGGGGAUUAUGAGGGCUACAGUUCUAGAAAGGAUAUCAUUAAGAUUUUUUAAGGUAUAUAUUAAGAUGAGGUGUCUGUUGAGCAGUAAAAAUGUCAUUAAAAUUUCUGUCGGGAUGAAAACUGAGAAAGAUGUUCUCUGCUUCCAGUUUGCUUAACUUUGCAAUCCAGUCAAAUAAAAUCAAGCUAAUAGUCAUGGAGUACAGAGGUAUGAAUGUUAGAUUGGGAAUCAGAAGAUGCAGGUUGUAGCCGAACUUUGCCAAGAAUGAAUUUUGCAGACUUGGAAAACUCACCUCAGUGAUAUCAGUUUCAUCAUGUUUACAGUACAAGGCUAGAACCAGGUUUACUGCUCUUCCCAUGGUGACUUCGUCUGACACGGUGCUGGUGGUGGGAAGGGAGGGCGGAGUCAAGCCUCUGAGACCCUCCCCCACUUCAGUUAGAACUGUGCCUCUUCUACCUGCUUUAUGUCCUGUACUGUGGUAUGAAUCCAUUAUAGAGGGGGUUCAGUUACUCUAAACAGUUUGAGAGCACUGAAGCCAAGGUCUUUCUGGGGUCAUUUGCAGUGCUAAAACUUUGUAGUUGUAUAUGAUAUGAUUAAAUCUGAGUAAGCCAUUUCUCUUUGUUCUCCAGCAUGUAUUCUGCUGUAAUUUAAUUUGAAGAAUGACUAUUUUAUUAUGUCUGAUGUCUUUUCUACACUGGGGUUAUUUGGUUAUCUUGGAAAUUUAACCACAGUAUUUGAUUUCCCUAAUUUGGAGGUAAAUAGGGAGCAUAGAGUCAAGAUUGCUUAGUUCAUAUUUGAAUGACUUUCUCCCCCUAGCAUAAGAAUACCCAAAUUGAGUAGUGCAACCUGAGGGUCUGAGCUCCUUUACUUGUCAAAUUUUAAUUCUGGGUGUUCAAAGAAGGCAUGCAAAAAAUUAACAUGAUUUUGUUCUGUGAAUCAGGAAUCCAUCUAGUGGCUUAAGGGUCAAAUGCAGUCCUCACGAGCUUGCCUGAAAUAAACGUUUAGUAUAUGUACAGCCAAAGCGAGCACUGAAAUGAACUUUUAAAAAAGUAAUUUUACUCAUCUAACAUAUACCCAUGAACCAUUAGGCUAAACUGUCUGCCUACUGAGAUACUGCGUAACUGAUAUAUGACAGCAGUCAUGUAAGCAGACUUGGCUAAGUAGAACCUCGGUGGAAGUCAUGUGCCAAUCAGUGUAUACUUCUGAGUUAUUCAAGUGCAAUUUCACUAUUAUUGCAUCACGAAACAGAGGGAUUAUGGAGGCUUACUCAUAAGAAUUUGACUGACGUUUGAAUCAAAUACAAGAUGUGAGGCCACGCUCAGGCUCUCUGAUCUCUCACCAUUGUUAGUUCAUACAGCCUGAAUGCAAGUGCAUUUCUGACCAUCUGGAGCAUCAGGGUCUUGUGAGACAAUCCUUAACAAAGCCAAAUUCAUAUUCUCUAUAUUAGCUUCCUCUUGAUAGUAUUAGAGCCAUGUCUUAUCCCACACCAUAAAAUGAAGCCCGUAUUUUAUAGCCAUUCUCCCUUAUGAAGUUUCUCUAGGCCAG